AUGGCAGACCGCAAGUCCGAGCUCGACGCCGAAAGCGGGAAAGAGGAACUCAGCGCCAACGUCGCACAAUAUGACUCUUCCACCUCCAUCACAGAAGCCGAAAAGGCACUACGAUGGAAACAAGACAAGCGCAUCGUCCCCUUAUCCGCCGGUAUCUACUUCCUAUGCUACCUAGACCGCUCCAACAUAGGAAACGCCAAGAUCAUGAACGCAACCACAGGCGACGACCUAAUGACGCAAACCGGAAUGACCAAUUUCCAGUACACAAUCUCCCUCAUGAUCUUCCUAGUAGCCUACGGCCUCUUCGAAGUCCCCUCCAACAUCCUCCUCAAAAAACUGCGACCCUCACGGUGGAUCGCAUUCCUAAUGUUCUCCUGGGGCGCACUAACCAUGGGUCUGGGCGGCGUACGCAGUUACGCCAGCGUAACAGUCGUACGCUUCCUCCUCGGCGUCUUCGAAGCCGGUCUCUUCCCGGGGUUAGUGUAUUACCUAACCUUCUGGUACAAGACCGAAGAGCGCAGUAUCCGCGUAGCGUUCAUCCUCGCCUCGGCAACGCUAGCCGGCGCUUUCGGAGGCGCGAUCGCGUACGGAAUCGGUCAUAUGAACCAAGCCGGUGGACUCUCAGCCUGGCGGUGGCUUUUUAUAAUCGAAGGAAUACCAUCCUGUCUCUCCGCAUUCCUAGUCUGGUUCCUAUUACCUGAUUACCCCGAAGACGCAAAAUGGCUAAGUAUCCAAGAACGCGACCUCGCGGUGCAAAGACUACAUAUCGAGGGUAGCAAGGGUCACCAUAAAGCUAUGACUUGGUUGGACGCCAAAGCGACUUUGGUCGAUUGGAGACUUUGGGGCCAUUAUAUCGUGUAUUUUGGUAUUUCUACACCGUUUAGCUCGCUUUCGCUGUUCACCCCUUCUAUUACCGCUGGUUUGGGGUAUAAGGAUUUGCAGGCGCAGUUGAUGACUGUACCGCCGUAUGCUGUGGCUUACGUCGUUUCGAUCCUGACUUCUUGGUCAGCAGACCAUUUCAACGCUCGUGGUCUACAUUCAGCCGCCUUGGCUCUUAUCGGCGCGGUUGGUUUCCUGGCUUCUGCUGUUUUGCCGGCUGAUGCGUAUGCCUCGCGGUAUGGAUGUCUGAUUGUGGCGGCGUCGGGCGCAUUUGCGUGUAUCCCGCCCCUACUCGGAUGGUUGUCAUCCAACAUCUUCAGUACCGCAUCUGUGGGUCUCGCGAUCGCGCUGAAUAUUGGUCUGGGAGGUGCUCCUGGGCAAAUUGUAGGCGUGUGGAUUUACAAGGCGAAUGAGGCCAAGACCGGGUAUCCUACUGGUCAUUGGACUAAUGCGGCUCUGUUGUUCCUGGUCACUGUUGGUUGCAUUCUCUUGAGAUUAUAUUACGCGCGCCGUAAUAAGAAGAUACUGGGGUCGGGUAAUGGGGAGGAAGUACGACUCUUUAAGUACUGA